AGAGGUGUUGCUGUUACUCCAUGCAAGUGGUAAUAAAGCCUUUAUCUUUCAAACCUAGUCCUUUGCUAGCUCUUGUAUUUUGUUGCAACGCGUUGUUGUGGGUCACAAUCAUGUCGGCAGGUCCUCUGUUUGUCAAAGUGAACAAAUGGAUCUUGGAUAAUGAGAAUGAUUUUCUACCACCAGUAUGCAACAAACUAAUGCACCAACAGCAGCUGAACGUCAUGUUCGUUGGAGGACCCAACACAAGAAAAGACUAUCACAUCGAGGAAGGAGAAGAGAUCUUCUACCAGCUGAAAGGAGAUAUGUGUCUGAAGGUAGUUGAAAAUGGAAAACACAAGGAUGUGCACAUCAAAGAAGGAGAGAUGUUCCUGCUGCCGGCCCGCAUCCCCCAUUCCCCCCAGAGAGAAGCCAACACUGUAGGACUGGUGGUGGAGAGGAUGCGCCUACCCACUGAGACGGACUGCCUGAGGUACUAUGUUGACAAUUCAACAGAAAUUCUGUUUGAGAGGUGGUUCUUCUGUCAGAACCUAGGAAAGCAACUGGUGCCUAUAAUAAAGGAGUUCUUUGCCACGAAUCAGCACAAAACAGGAAAACCUGAUCCAAACGAAAUCUUCCGGCAGCCUCCGUUCCCCAUGAACACCAUGAACGUGAUGUCCCCAUUCUGCUUCAAGGACUGGCUUGAUAAACAGAGGGGCCCCCUGGCCGCCGGGGGCCACAUAGACGUGUUCGGAGCGCAGUUCGAGACUGAGGUGAUUCUGUAUGGAGCCGGGCAGACAGAGCUGUGUACGAAACAAAGUGAUGCAUGGAUUUGGCAACAGGAGGGCUCGUCUACAGUAACAAUAGACGAUCAGGAAUUUUCUCUUUCUUCUGGAGACAGUCUACUUAUUCCGGCGCAGAGCCAGUAUCAAUGGCUGAGGGAAAAUGGUACUGUGGCCUUGUUCGUGGUUCAGAACCCAGAGAGGAAAAUACAUUGAUCAGAUGCUCUUCUUUCACAAACACACACUCAAGAACAAAUAUCCAACUCUAUACGUUAUGGUCCAAUCAUUUCACUGCUUGACUUUUAGGAUGGAUUCCAGUGCCUUGAACUGCGGUAUAUUCUGCCUUAACUAUUCAACUUCUGUACCCAGUUGAAGAGCAAACUCUAUGAAGUAUUAUUAAAAGUUAAUUAUACACUUCUUUAGAAGUACUUUCAGUGUUAGUACUCCAAGAGGAAUUGCAAUUGAUUUGUAAUACUUAAUUUGUAGCCUUCCGACUUUGUUCUUAUUGUCCUUAUAUAAAGGGUUAGUUAUAAUUAGGUUAGGUAUAAUCAAAUUGUUAUUAUAUUUGCUUUCACAAAUAAUGUGAGAGCAAGCCUAAUGUUGAAAGAAAUUAGCAAAUAAGUGAACAGGGCAAUAAAAAUGUGUUUGUGGUCCCAAUUCAGUUCUUCUGAACAGGGAUAAAAUCACAUUCAUUGAUCAUGAAAUUUAACCUGUAUGUAAUUGGAUUUGUUGCAUAAAUAUUUUCUUACCAAUGUG